AUGGUCCCUGCGGGUGUGCUCCAGAUGUCACUUUUGGCCUCCUCCUCUGCGUGUAUGUGGUGUGCGGCCUUUUCCUGUUGACUCUCUGUGCCUUCGCCUCCUGGAAGCUGUGCUGGGUGCCUUACUGGCGGAACAAGGCGGCAGCGGCCCUUUCCUCCAGCUCUGCAGCCCUGACCCCGGCCUGCGGUCCCCCAGACGACUGCCCCCCCUUCCACCUCCACAUCCAGCCUCCUCAGCCCCACCACCAGCACCAGUUCCUCCCAAGCCCCAACCAGCAGAAGUCACCGGUCACCAUGGCAACGGAGAAGGUGAAGGACCCGAUGGGUUCCAUGGGUUUCCUGGAGGCUGCUGUGAAGAUAAGCCACACGUCACCUGACAUCCCUGCGGAGGUGCAGCUCUCAAUGAGGGAGCAUUUUAUGAGGCGUACUCAGCGCAUGCAGCGGCAGGCCACUGAGCCUGCUUCCUCCACCAGGUCAGCACACACACAUGCCAUAGACACGAACACACACACACAGUGGCAUGGUCAGAAAACUGAAUGGCUCUGUUAGCUAGCAGAAAUAUCAAUUGUCAGUUAUAAAGGAAUUGGCAACCCUCAUAGGAACCUGACAUUUACACAGAGACAGUACAGGCCAAAUAUUCACACAAUGGCAACAAAGAUAGAACAUUUACUUUUAAUCUACCUGAAUCCACUUGAGUAUUCCACAGCCGCACACACAAACACUCACACACACACUCACACACACACUCACACACUCAUACACACACACACAAACAAUCACACACACACACACACACACACACACACACACACACACACAGACACGCUAACAUACAAACAGAAAACUGAGUGGGUCUGGUAGUCAGCAGAAAUAUCAAUAGUCAGUUAUAAAGAAUCCUCAUAGGGACCUCACAAAUCUCCUAAUAACUGCGCUAAGAAAAUUAGUAAUUCAUUUUUUUAUCUGAAUCCAAUUUGUUAUUCCACAGAUAUUUAAAAAUACAGUUUCUGCAUGAUUAUCACAGUGCAAAAAGGCAAUUAAGUUUCAUUUUGUUUUGGUCCUCCCAAGCCCAUAUACUUUCUGCCUGUGAGCCAUUUGGUGCUGUUCAUUUAAAAUAAGGUAAUUCAUAUCUCCAGACCACUUCAUGAGAAGUAAUGGAAUACACUUAAAAGUGGGGGGAAAAACACCAGUAAAACAAUCCCACAGCUAUUAUUCCACAGAGUCACAACUCCAAUGGGGGGUCUGAUUAUUGGAUGUACCUCAAAUUGUUUUUCAAUAACAUCAUAUUUAUGUUCCGUUGUCUUGAAAGACCCCAUACCCGUAUUGAAUAACAGACCCUAAGAUGAGGACUAUUUGUACUACUAAAAUAAAUUGAAUCGAGGACCAUACGGUUCUAGGUUGCAGAAACACUAUUAAGAUUCAAAACCACUUGGGAUUGAAUUCAACUGCUGGGCAAUCAAGCACAAUUCUACAAACAGACAUCGUCUGACUUCUCCAGAUAUCGUAAUGAAACUGUGUAUAUUUCUCCCUCUUCUCCUCUGUCUCUGCCUUUGUGCAGUGGGGGAAAAAAAGUAUUUAGUCAGCCACCAAUUGUGCAAGUUCUCCCACUUAAAAAGAUGAGAGAGGCCUGUAAUUUUCAUCAUAGGUACACGUCAACUAUGACAGACAAAAUGAGGGAAAAAAUCCAGAAAAUCACAUUGUAGGAUUUUUAAUGAUUUUAUUUGCAAAUUAUGGUGGAAAAUAAGUAUUUGGUCAAUAACAAAAGUUUCUCAAUACUUUGUUAUAUACCCUUAGUUGGCAAUGACACAGGUCAAACGUUUUCUGUAAGUCUUCACAAGGUUUUCACACACUGUUGCUGGUAUUUUGGCCCAUUCCUCCAUGCAGAUCUCCUCUAGAGCAGUGAUGUUUUGCGGCUGUCAACACAGACUUUCAACUCCCUCCAAAGAUUUUCUAUGGGGUUGAGAUCUGGAGACUGGCUAGGCCACUCCAGGACCUUGAAAUGCUUCUUACGAAGCCACUCCUUCGUUGCCCGGGCGGUGUGUUUAGGAUCAUUGUCAUGCUGAAAGACCCAGCCACGUUUCAUCUUCAAUGCCCUUGCUGAUGGAAGGAGGUUUUCACUCAAAAUCUCACGAUACAUGGCCCCAUUCAUUCUUUCCUUUACACGGAUCAGUCGACCUGGUCCCUUUGCAGAAAAACAGCCCUUGCGUGGAGCCCCAGAUCGAGGGAGAUUAUCAGUGGUCUUGUAUGUCUACCAUUUCCUAAUAAUUGCUCCCACAGUUGAUUUCUUCAAACCAAGCUGCUUACCUAUUGCAGAUUCAGUCUUCCCAGGCUGGUGCAGGUCUACAAUUUUGUUUCUGGUGUCCUUUGACAGCUCUUUGGUCUUGGCCAUAGUGGAGUUUGGAGUGUGACUGUUUGAGGUUGUGGACAGGUGUCUUUUAUACUGAUAACAAGUUAAAACAGGUGCCAUUAAUACAGGUAACGAGUGGAGGACAGAGGAGCCUCUUAAAGAAGAAAUUACAGGUCUGUGAGAGACAGAAAUCUUGCUUGUUUGUAGGUGACCAAAUACUUAUUUUCCACCAUAAUUUGCAAAUAAAUUCAUAAAAAAUCCUACAAUGUGAUUUUCUGGAUUUUUUUUUCUCAAUUUGUCUGUCAUAGUUGAUGUGUACCUAUGAUGAAAAUUACAGGCCUCUCUCAUCUUUUUAAGUGGGAGAACUUGCACAAUUGGUGGCUGACUAAAUAUUUUUUUCCCCCACUGUAUACACUGCCCUUUGCUAGUACCGACUGCAUGGUUUUAUAAGGUUCUCAUAUUUUUCCCUCUCUCUCUCCUCUGUCUCUGCAGGCACAGCUCAUUCAAAAGGCACCUGCCCAGACAGAUGCAGUCGAUCAGCCUGGACCUUGGCAACGACUAUUUGGACGAGGACGAGCAGCCCACCAGCAUUGGACGCAUCAAACCUGAGCUCUACAGACAGAAGACCCUGGACACUGAUGAGUCAGCCAAGAACAGCAAUGCCAAGAACUGUGGGAAGAUCAACUUCUCCCUGAAGUACGAUUAUGAAAACGAGGCCCUCCUGGUCAACAUCCUCAAGGCCUUCGACCUGCCCGCCAAGGACCUGUGCGGCAGCUCCGACCCCUACGUCAAAAUCUAUCUUCUCCCUGAUCGCAAGAAGUUCCAGACGCGAGUCCACCGGAAGACGCUUAACCCCACGUUCGACGAGUCCUUCCAGUUCCCCGUGCCUUAUGAUGAGUUGGCUGUUAGGAAGCUCCACAUGAGUGUGUUUGACUUUGACAGGUUCUCCAGACACGAUAUGAUUGGGGAGGUGGUGGUGGAUAACCUCGUUGAGACGUCAGACCUCUCCAGGGAGACAGACAUUUGGAGGGACAUUCAGUACACCACAACUGUAAGAACAUCUGUCUGUUUGUCCCUCACUUAAAGCAGAGUUAACAUAGCCUGGUCCCAGAUCUGUUUGUGCUGUCUUGCCAACUCCUAUGGUCAUUGUUUGGCAUGACAAAGUCCAUAUGAGUUGGCAAGACAGCACAAACAGAUCUGGGACCAGCCUAGAUUUAACAUUGUUUUUACGUGUGUAACCAGUUAUAAUAACCUCAUUCAAAUCAUUAUGCCCCCCAGAAAAAAAGUUGAAAAAAUGUUCAGUGUGUCAUAAAUCCUUUGUUAAAGUAAGACCUUAUUCUCAUCAUAUGAAAUGACAGUAAUUAUAUUUUAAAGGCAUAAAAAGUAAUCAUCGCAAAAGUCAUGAAACUGUCUGGGCUAAAAAUUGGAGCCUUCCAACGACAUACUGAAGUGGUCAUUAUUUUCUACUGUGUUCCUUUUUUGAUGGUGUUUUGAGGAUGUGUUGAUGUGCUAAGUGCAGUAGGGCACUAUGUCGUUGGCAUCAGUUUGGAUUCUAUUGGAGACUUCAUCAUUUUGGCACUUCAGUCAGAGUAUUUUCUGUGGCCCGUAUUGUUGAACUUCAGCUGCCUUAGGAGGCGCCGCUCAAUAAUUUAGUAGUUAUUGCUAAAGUGGCACAAAGCAGUUGCCUCGUUGCUCAGCACACACAUUUUUAUUGAACAAGGAAAUGACUCACUGCCAAAACUCCCUAGUUCGCCAUCUUGUAGGCAAUUGCUGGUCCUCUGUAGCUCAGCUGGUAUAGCACGGCGCUUGUAAUGCCAAGGUAGUGGGUUCGAUCCCCGGGACCACCCAUACACAAAAAAAAUUAUGCACGCAUGACUGUAAGUCGCUUUGGAUAAAAGCGUCUGCUAAAUGGCUUAUUAUUAUGAUAAAGUAUGCAGUAUGCAGAGACAAGGGGGGUUCUAAAUCUCUCAUGAAUUGUUUCAUUAAUAUGGGGUUUAGGAGCAUUUACCUGUAACAUGAGCCUGAGCCUUGGGCUGGAUGAAAGUACUGUUUACAAAUGUAAAUGUUUUGCUGGCUAAUGAAUAGAGCUGAGAACCCCAAAGCUGGGCGGAGGGGGGUUGUGUGGAGAAGAGUACCAGCUGGCAGCUUUACUCAGUUAAUAGAUCAAGGGGGAAUGCAUCAAUAACACCAACCCACUGUCAUUAGGAAGAUAAAGAGUCUAGAGGGGGCUGGCUGGGAGAAGGGAGGAGACAAAUAAUGAUUGACAUCGGGCAGUGUCUUAGAGCAUGUUUGAUCCAUACAAACUAUUUCUGGAGGGAUUGCUUACUAAUCAUUGGCCGGUUAGAGGGAGAUGAAUCAAUGUCUGUGAUACAUAAUAGAAAUGUAUAGGUAGGCCUACUGUUUCCACUGCUUCAUCCUGUGGUGAUAUAGUGAUAAAUGAUAGUGACUGACUAGAAACUCAUAGGAAUUGAAGGGAUGUGGUUGUAUUGCUUCAGAACUCAAAAACAAUCUGACCUGAGCCAUAGCCAUAUCUUAAAUCUGAACCCUAAUCCUGGCUCAAACCCUGAUUUGUCCAUUUUCCCCAAUAACAUUGACACUUGCAGCCCUUGCCCGUGCCUUCGCACCACACCCAACCACCGCUUUAACCCUUGCCCUUUGGUUACAACGCUGCACUGAUGACGUGAAAAGUAAUACUUUUUUACAGAGAGGAUGCAUUAAUAACAGGUAAUAUUGCCUUCAGACAGAGAGGGCAAGGGGGUCAAUGCCUAAGCUAACUGAUUUGAGAACAUUACUGCAGUCUCCACAUUACCUCCCCAUUAGCUUUGUUUCCUGUAACCCACUGUAAUUUUCAAUAUUGUAUAUCUUUAGAUGCUUAACUCCACAGGAGGGCCAUAGAUUGCCCAUUUGUCACUGUCCUGCAGAUUUUUCACUAUAACUUCUUGAGCGUUAGCCUGAUAGUCAGUUCUGUGUGCGAUUGCAGGCUUCACACAAAUACAGCUCUUGAGGGAUUUUGGAAUGACAUUGGCUUUACAAUCCAUUUCCAUCCCAGUGUUUUUGCCCUUGCGUCAGUAGGGCCUGAAGGAAUCCUUCUUGUGCUGUGCGUGUGUCACAUCAGUUUUAUUCUCUGUUUGUUCCAACAGGAGAGUGUGGACCUGGGAGAGAUCAUGUUCUCACUAUGCUACCUGCCCACUGCAGGACGACUCACUCUCACCGUCAUCAAGUGCAGGAACCUCAAGGCCAUGGAUAUCACAGGAUACUCAGGUAGGUAUGUGUGUGUGCGCAUGUGUGUGUGUGUGCGAGCGUGCAUCCAUGUCUACGUGCAUGUGUGUUACUCAUUGUUUGUCGUAAUGACUCAAAGUACAAAUACACCCUACCCUGGCUGUUACAUAUGAAAUUAUAGAUACAGUCACAUAAAAUGUCAAAUAAAAACAGCAAACAAAGGGAAGUCCUCUCUACUGCUUCUAGUUAUGUUGGUAUCUAUUCAUAUUCAUCAAUAGCAAUAAGAAGAUGUCAUCUGCAGCAGCUUAUUUCUAUGAGGUUUCAGGCGGUGUUCAUUGUUAUGUAAGUUUGCGUCCCAAAUGGCACCCUAUACCCUGUAUACUGUAUAGGGCUCUAUUCAAAGGUAGUGCACUAUGUAGGGAAUAGGGUGCCAUUUGGGACACAGCCUAACAGUCUGCUGUUCCAUAUUCCAUAUAUAUUAUCAAUAACCAGAUAUCAUUAGAGGAGAUAUGUUUGCUUGGGAAUUAAAGUGACAUUCACUGUGAGUUAAAUGUCAUGAAUCGGCAGUGUUUAUUCAAACCAAAAUUAGGCAUGUUAUUAUUUUCCUCUCAUCUUUAUUUACAUUUGACAAGUUUAACAUCCCUCCUCAGAGGAUUUAAAUGUCUCCCAGUUGUUGCUGAAUAGAACUGGAUCUGUGUGCAGUAAACCAUGGCUAAUCAAUGGUACCCUGAAGCAUAUUUGGUUGCAAAGCAAGCCCUCCUUCUAUUGUUGUGUAUGUAUCGAGGGCAGCUUACAUCUGACUAAUAUACUGGUAUAAUGGAUCAUAGGAGCUGACGGAUGAAGAUUGAAAUCAGUAUUCACCACGACGAUAUGUUUCACUUUAUCCCAUUAAAGCGCUCUGUCAAAUGCCUUCACUUCCUCCCCUUUGAAUACUUGAUGUGUUGACUCAUCAAUAUGUAAUGUACAGAGAAUUAUUCCAGACAUUUUCAAGGAUGUUAUUGUUAUAUUUAGGUUUAGGUAGUGCACAUGGGAAAUGAAAUUGAUCGCUGCAGCUGCUGCAUCAAAAUGGAUGUGUUUGAGUUAAGGUGAGGUCACUGUAGGCCUAAUUAGAAUAGCAUUCUAUUCUCAAAUGCUGAGACAAUGAAUGCAUGUCAAGUGUUCUAGGGGUAGAUGUAUACUAUCUCUAUCGCAAAUCACACUAACAGAGACUAAGAUCCAAGCAUGUAAAGACAAACUUGUCAUCUUAUUCUCUCAGGAUGUCUCUCGUGACAGACUGUUUGCAGGAAAUUUGAUUCUGGGUUCCAAGAUUAAUCUCAAGAUAAUGUAGCUAUAGAAUAUAGAAUUUAGAUCAUGAUAAGCACCUUAUACCUUUCCUUUCUCUCAUUGGCAGAUCCCUAUGUCAAAGUGUCUCUCAUCUGUGACGGGAGGCGUUUGAAAAAGAAGAAGACGACCAUCAAGAAGAACACUCUGAACCCCACGUACAACGAGGCCAUCAUCUUCGACAUCCCCCCAGACAGCAUGGACCACGUCAGCCUGCACAUCUCAGUCAUGGACUAUGACUUGUAUGUACAGGUUGAAAGAAAAUAUUGGCACCCAGAUACAAAUCUGCCGUGCAUACUGUCCUGCUACUUGGUGGGAAGUCUGUCAAGAGAGACUAUGUUUGAUUUAACUCAGUUUUACGUCCACUGAAGCAUUGUCAAAACAUUUAACUCAGACGCUUCUCUCAGAGGAAUGUUCUGUAUCUGUGCAGUUUGCACAAUACGCCCCCUCGAAUAGAGCACUCUGCAUAUUGUCUUAAAAUAAAUAAAAAACGGCACAACAAAGAGAAAGAAAAGGUCAGGAGUCAGGACAUUCACUUCGCUGGCUGAAGGGAUGCUCUGAGGGUAGUCCUUAUCAACAAACGUGGCUGGGUAAAUAGGUGCAGGGGUGCUAGUCUUUAUUAGCACACGUGUGUGCUGCUAACUGGCAGAACGAGUCUACUGUGGGUAUCAGGUUGUCCUUGUUUUGUUUACUAGUCAAUCCCUUUGAUCCAGGAUUAUGUUGUGGAUGUAGGGAUUAUGAUGAGGAAGAACAAACAUCACCAUUGGUCUGAGCCAAUCCAGAGAGGACUUUGUUGAUGCCAUUAUCAUUUGCAGUUGUUGAGCACGAACCCUUUCUUCAUCACAUUUACAUUUCAGACAUAAUCUCUCAAAGAGAUAUGGAAAUGUAUCCUUUUAACCACCCAGAUGACUCAGCUCUAUUCACAUGAACUACAACCGCGAAAUUAUCACCUCACCUCUCCCUUUCACUUUACAUCUUGCAACGGUAUCCUCUGAUAACAAAAUGUAUGUAAUAAGUGUUGGAGAUGGGGUGAAAUCAUUUUGCCAAAUUAGUUUAUUUAAGGUGAAUUCCACGAUUUUACAUUGGUGGGUUCCCAGAAUAAUUUUUUUCUCCAUUUACACCACUGCAUGUAAUACAAAUGCAGCUAUAAAAUCAACCCUGCAUUUUUGUAAUGUAGUGUGUCUGAAGAGCAGGAUUAGCUGUAAUGUUGUGUUGACGUUGUGUGAUGUUGUGUGUGUUGUCUGGCCCCUGCAGGGUUGGUCACAAUGAGAUCAUUGGUGUGAACCGUGUUGGGUGCAGUGCUGAGGGGCUUGGCAAGGGCCACUGGAACGAGAUGCUGGCGUACCCACGCAAGCCCAUUGCACACUGGCACUCCCUACUGGAGGCCAAGAAAUCAGAGAAAGAGGUUAGUUCAUACAGCAUGUUGCAAUGUGUGAAGAAUAAUGUGUAGACAUCAGGGGCGCAACUUUCACUGGGGACGGGGGGGACAUUUUUGUCCCCCCCCAGUUUUAUCAUUAGAAUGUAAUACAAAACGAGGCAACGGUGUGCUUUAGGACCAUACGGAUGCCUCCGAGCGGUCGGGUAGGCUGUUUGGAAUAUUUAUCCGACUGGAUAAAAAUAAUUUAAAAAUAAUAAUAAAUUAUGUCCCCCCCACUUCUAAAACCACAGUUGUGCCCCUGGUAGACAUGAAUAUUGUAUAUAGUAGGAUAAAGUCAAUGUCAGAUAUUGUAACAGUGUAAUAUCUACGUUCUAACUGAAGUGUGUGUGUGUGUGUUUCUGUGUCUGUGUCUGCCUGUGUGUGUCUGUCUGUGUACUGCAGUGGAAAACGCGGACGGCCAGUUUUGACAGCCAGGGCUCCUGUCCCUCCCCCAGGCGUCCUGCUAGCCCCUGAGCAAAACCACAUGUGACCCUAGUGGAACGGCCCAGGUUUGGUUUGGGGCUCUUCUAUCUCUCCUACUGAUCCUACUUCCUGUCUGUUCUGUCUGCCUGAGCCUAAGGAGAAACAUAACCCCACUCAGUCUCUCUCUCAGUCUUCACUCUUCCUCAAGUGUAGCCACAGAGUGCUCCCAGUCCCAAGACCUGAUCCUGGAUCAGCAUCGUAAGUUGUUUGUGAAAGUAACAUUGUUUAAAAAAAAUCAACAUUAGAAUUACUGAUCUGGAGUCAGACCCAGUACUUGGGGGAUUUGGUUUGGUUUUAUCCUGAGCUGAGCUUUUCAAGUGAGUCCCCAAAGGGGAAGAUUGUUGUCUGAGUGGAACAGCAGACUGCUGUUUUCCAGUGUAUCUAUCUUUGGGUUGAGGCUAAUGGAAUGUGAUCACAGUGAUCCCACAGAGACUUGGUCUAAACACACUGAAGUUUCUGCUCAGCACUGCAGAGCUCUUUGAUGAGAGGCUCCACUUUGAAAUCACACUGUGA